AACAUGGUGAAAGAGAGGUCUUGCUACAUGCCUCGUCUCACCAUCAGAAAGGUGGUCCCCAUCUAUUUCACCAUGGUGGCAGCUUUCUUAACCGUCUUACUGGUGUCUCUCCAUGGGACCUCUCCGGUAGAGAGUUCCUUCCCGUACAAGGUACCGCUGGAUCCGAAAGGCAUGAUGGAACUUUAUUGGAACGUGAGUUACCCUGAAAAGGUGGUGUAUUUUCAGAUCCUGAUUAAAGACCUCAAGGCUGGGAUGAUCUUCGGCAUGUCGGACAGGGGAGACUUUGAAGAUGCUGAUUUAGCCAUCCUGUGGAGUAACGGGUUUAGUUCCUUUUUUGGUGAUGCAUGGAGUGACCAGGAGGGACGAAUUCAUAUCGAUUCACAACAAGACUACCAGCUGCUCAUGGCACAACAGGCUCCAGAGGGUCUCUACAUCGUGUUUAAGAGGGCCUUCUCCACCUGUGACCCGCAUGACUACCUAAUCGAGGAUGGCACCGUGCACCUGAUCUAUGCCGUUCUGGAGAAACCUGUGCACUCCAUUACUGCCAUCAAUGUCUCGGCCAUUCAGAAUAGGGGUUUGCAGCGAGUGCAGCUUCUGAAACCAGAACGUCAGCGACUGCCACCUCUUCCACCAGAUGUCCGCAACCUUCAAGUCCUUGCACCCAAUGUCCUUAUCCCGAACCAAGAAACCACCUACUGGUGCUAUAUCACUGAGCUUCCCCAGAACUUUCCAAAGCAUCACAUUCUCAUGUAUGAGCCAGUGAUUACGAAGGGCCAUGAAGCUAUUGUACAUCACAUGGAGGUAUUCCAGUGUUCUGCAGAUGAUGAGACCAUACCUCAUUUCAGUGGACCUUGUGAUGCCAAAAUGAAACCAGAGAAGCUAAACCACUGCCGGCACGUCCUUGCUGCCUGGGCCAUGGGCGCGAAGCCAUUCUAUUACCCAGAAGAUGUCGGUCUUGCCUUUGGUGGACCUGGUUCUUCAAGAUUCCUUCGGCUCGAAGUCCACUAUCACAACCCCCUUCAAUUAAAAGGGCUCAGAGACUCCUCCGGAAUUCGCCUGCACUACACGCCAUCCUUGCGGAAGUUUGAUGCGGGCAUCAUAGAGCUGGGUUUGGUCUACACUCCACUUAUGGCCAUCCCACCACUCCAGAAACAGUUUGUACUGAGCGGUUACUGUACGGACAAGUGCACCAACAAGGCUUUUCCCCCUGAUGGAAUCCGCGUAUUUGGCUCCCAGCUUCACACACAUUUGACCGGACGGGCGGUGAGCACGAUGCUGGUCCGUGAGGGCCGCGAGGUCGAGGUUUUGAAUGAAGACAAACAUUUCAGUCCUCACUUUCAGGAAAUCCGUAUGUUAAAGAAAAUGGUCCACGUUUUGCCUGGCGAUGUGCUGAUUACAAGCUGCUCUUACAACACUGAAGAUAGAAGGAGCGCUACGGUGGGGGGAUUCAGCAUCACGGACGAGAUGUGCGUGAAUUACAUCCAUUAUUACCCACGGACAGAGCUGGAGGUCUGCAAGAGCCACGUAGAUCCCGGAUUCCUCAGCAAGUAUUUCCACCUGAUCAACAGGUUUAACAGUGACGAUGUGUGUACCUGCCCCCAGGUAUCUGUGACAGAGCAGUACAGAGAGGUCCCGUGGAACCCGUUCAGUGUCGAGGUCCUGAAUUCUCUGUAUGGCUUCGCUCCUAUUUCCGAGCAUUGCAAUAAAUCAUCGGCCAUGCGUUUCCCGGGAGAAUGGGAGAUGCAACCUGUGCCUCAGGUCACGAAAAAGUUGCGUUCAGCGGAGCCCAGCUGUGAAUCCCAGAAACACUCCGGGUCCACAGGACCAGAGCUGGUUAACAUCAAGAACCAGGACUAAUCAUAAGAGCCCCCCUCACUCCCCACAUUGGGGGAUUUCUAAAAUUUACACAUUUCGGUUAUUUUGCCUUAAAAUGAACACUCCAAGCAUGCUGUAGUGGUUAUGGUGCCAGCAUCAGUUCCCUUCCGUUCCCACUCUAAGUAGUCAAACCUCACCCAAAGUCAGCUGCUCCCCCUCCAAUUCAGAAAGAGAGACAGAAUCUCCACGUUAGCUCAUCUUCCCGAUCAGCUUUAAAUUUGAAACUCACUUUGGAUUCACUCUUAGUGAAUAGCUCUGAAAAUGU